UCAACCCCUUUUUCUUUUUCUUCUUUUAAAAUUCCUUUGUUGAGAACCCUUUUGUGGUUGGCCACUGAUCUCAGAAAAAAACCCAAAGUUUCUGCUUUUUUAGUCUUAGGCUCUUAGCUUCUGUGAUUGGUGUUUUUUAGUGUUGCAAAGAAACAAUGAACUCUUCAACAAAGUUGGAUUCAGCUGUGUUUCAGCUCACACCCACAAGAACCAGGUUUGACUUGGUUAUAAAUGUGAAGGAAAAGAAGGAGAAAAUAGCAUCGGGCUUGCUACAUCCGUUUCUAUCUCACUUGAAGGCUGCUCAGGAUCAGAUGGCCAAGGGUGGUUAUUCAAUUGUUCUUGAGCCUGAUGGUAGCCGCGAUGUCACAUGGUUUACCAAGGGAACUGUCGAAAGGUUUGUCCGUUUUGUGAGCACUCCUGAGAUAUUAGAACGUGUGUAUACUACAGAAUCUGAAAUCUUACAAAUUGAAGAGGCAAUUGCAAUUCAAGGAAACAAUUGCAUAGGGAUUAGCACUGCGGAAGAAAAUCAAGUAAAACAUGUAGAAAACACUGAAGCCACACCUGAAAGAACAAGCCGAAAGACUGUGCAGGAUACCAAUGAGGAGAGAGCAAUAGUCCUUUACAAGCCUGAUGCAGAGCCACCUGCAGCAAAUGGAAGCAUCACUGCAUCAGAAGAAAACUCAAAAGCCCAUCUUCUGAAAGUCCUAGAGUCCCGUAAAUCAGUGCUGCAGAAAGAGCAAGGCAUGGCAUUUGCACGUGCUGUUGCUGCUGGUUUCGACAUUGAUCAUAUGCCAGCCUUAGUCUCAUUUGCUGAAUGCUUUGGAGCAUCGCGCUUAUUGGAUGCAUGCUCAAAAUAUAGAGAUCUAUGGAAAAGAAAACACGAAACUGGACAGUGGCUUGAAAUUGGAGCUGCUGAAAUGAUGUCCAAUCACUCGGACGUCCCUGCAAAUACAUCAAACAUCACAUUUCCCAUUAUGGCCUCUACACCGCAUACUGAGUCAGACUCGGGGAAUAAUGGGAAAGCGAAUUCAGAUGUUCCUCCAAUGGGUCAACCAUCUCUAAGUCCUGGGGAUAAUAGUCAAGGUCAAUUCCCGCACCCUAUGUUUCCUCCAUGGCCUGUCCAUUCUCCCCUGGGUGCUGUACCUGUCUUUCCACCAUAUCCGGUUCAAGGUAUACCCUACUACCAAGCUUAUCCUGGAAACAGUCCAUAUAUGCAGCCAAAUUAUUCACCUAUGGAGGAGCCAAGAUUUGCUUCUGGUCAAAACAUGAGGCACAGAAGGCAUUCCAUGGAUAGUAGACACAGCAAUACUGAAUCAGAAACAUGGGAUGUAGAAACCUCAAAAUCAAGGUUGCAGGAUGAAGCAGAUAUGGAUAGGGAUGGUUCACAGAGUAGAGAUCGACAGAAGGGUAGCCGAUCAGGCAGAAAGAAAUCUGGAAUGGUGGUCAUUCGGAACAUCAAUUACAUAACAAAGGCUGAAAAUUCUUCUGGCAGUGAAUCAUAUUCAAAUUCUGGCUCAGAAAUAGAUGAAGGCCAAGAUGCUCAGGAAUCUGUGGACACCUUGAAAAGAAGGGACAGAAGUGAAUCUGCGAAGAGGUUGAACUUGACAGAUAAGGAAGUAGACCAUGGGAAUGAUGCAGAUGGAGGACACUGGCAAGCAUUCCAAAGUUGUUUAUUGAGAGAUGCUGAUGACGAUAGACAUGCCAUAGACCAAGAACAAUUUGAUCUGCCAAACGCGAAUUCCAUGAGAAGAAAGAAACAUGUUGUAGGUGAUGAUCCUUUGGUUUCUAGUGAGCGAGAUAUGCAUGAACUUCAAGGCAGUGGUUCUAUGGAUAUGCAUAGCAUUAGCAAAGGAUUGACCCUCAAGCCUAGGGCAUCUGGUGAUGAUUUAUCAUUGUCUGUGAAGGAAGGGCAUUCUAGUGAUGGCAGGUCUAUAGAUGUACAAUCUUUAGAAGCAAAUGGAAUAAGGCGUGGUUAUAGGACUGUUGGAAAUGAUGAUUUCAUAGUCCCAAAACAUGAAGGUCACUUUGAUAAUUCACAUCCUUCCUCGGAUAUGGAAGCAGUCAGUGGACUAGGUUAUUCAAACAAUAAAAUGGAAAGGAAGUUGUUUCAUGAUAUGAAUGAUGACUCCUACAUAGUGGACCAUAGGUCGGUUGCAGUCAAUGAUGUGGGACAUGAUGAGAGAAAUGCUAUUGACAUGGACUCUGAGUUUCCAACGUCGCAUCUAAAGGAAGAAAAAUCAUCUAAUGGGAUAAAUUAUGAGCCAGAUGAAUUGAGCAUGAUGCCUGAACGUGGAGCGGAAAUGGUGUCAAUGAGUUAUGACCCUGCUUUAGACUAUGAAAUGAUGGCCGAGGCUGAAGGUCCUUCUUUGCAAGAUAAGAAUAACAAAGGGGUCGUGACUGAAGAAUCUGCGAAGCCAGAUAAAGAGCAGAAAUCAAAAGUUACUCCAAAUAGUUCUGAUAAGAUUAAGGCUGUUGGGCCAAUCAGGAGAGGGAAGCCUUCUAAACCGAGUCCUUUGGACGAGGCGCGAGCCCGUGCUGAUAGAUUGAGAAACUAUAAAGCUGAUCUCCAAAAGAUGAAGAAAGAAAAGGAAGAAGAGGAGAUAAAACGCCUAGAAGCUUUAAAGCUAGAGAGGCAAAAGAGAAUUGCUGCCAAGAGUGGCACAGUUACAACAAAGUCACCGGUAACCAAGAAACAAUUACCGGCAAAACUUUCACCAAGCUCUCAUAAAGGAUCAAAAUUUAGUGAUUCGGAACCAGGACCAUCCUCACCCCUUCAAAGAUUCCCCGUCCGAACUGCUUCUGCUGGAUCUAGUGAUUACUCAAAAGUCUCCAGAACCAGCAAAUUGAAUACCAGAAGCCAGUCGUCUGAAAACAAACUAAGCCGAUCGGUGUCUUCUUUGCCUGAAUCUAAGCCUGAGAAGGGUGAAGGUACAACAGAUACUAAGGCAUCGAUGGCGCGGAUUAGAAGAUUAUCAGAACCUAAAAUGAGCACCGUCCGUCAGACUUCCUCAGCUAAACCACAUAACGCCGGGACAAUAUCAAAGACUAAAUCCGUUGAUGGACCUGAGAGCAAAAAGAUUUCGGCUAUAGUGAGUUACGAUAAAAGCAAGACUGCCGCCCUUCCGGAACUGAAAAUCAGAACUUCUGCAGCAAGUGAUGAUGUUCAAAACAAAUCAUCAGUCAAAGAGAAGGCACAGAAAUCGAAUGGUAACAAGCCUUCUGUGAACUCAGACAGUACCUUAGCAAAGAAAAAUGAAACACAAACUUCACCCUCUAAAGACCUAGAUGACAAUCCUGUUGUUGAGAAGACUGUUGUGAUGCUUGAAUGUGAGAAACCUUGUGCUCCUGCUAUUCAUAAGUCAGAAGAAAAAACUGAGACACUGAAAAAGCAAUAUGAUAAUGAAGACAUGAAGGAGAAAUGUGAGCCAGCAACAAGAUAUGUUGCUAUUCGUGCACCUGUUUCACCUCCAAGCAUGGAUAUGACAGAUAUUGCAACAUCAGGGAGCCAAUCACACCUGCCACAUGCAUCUACUGGAGUCAAAUUGCAUGAUAAAGAGAAAGAACAUUCGAAGUCAUUUAACAUUUCUGUUGCCGAGGAAACAUAUCAAGCUCCAUAUGCCCGAGUUUCUUCUUUGGAAGAUCCUAGCACCAGAAAUACUGAGUAUGGUAAAGCUGUCCCAACCGUUUUAGAGGCCACGGCAAUUGGCGGGGAGAGUGUUAAAGCACAUGUGUCCGAGGCUCGAAACUCAACACUUGAGAAGAUUCCUGAGGCAGUUGAGAAGCCUCAGGUAAAGGAAUCAUCAAAAGGUUUCCGAAGACUAUUGAAGUUUGGAAAAAAGAGUCAUAGCUCAGCAAAUUCUGGACACAACAUCGACUCCGAUAAUGCCAGCAAUGAUGGUGCUGAGGCAGAUCAGAUUGGAACGAAUGGUUCGUCCAUUGAAGUUCAUACUUUGAAGAAUCUGAUCUCUCAAGAUGAAACACCAACUACCAGCUCAACUCAACAAAAGUCUUCUCGGUCGUUCUCAUUGCUAUCACCAUUUCGAAGCAAGAAUAGUGACAAGAAAAUAAAUAUGGCUUGAUACAAUAUAGUGGUUUCACCCUUCACUUGGAUUCCUCUCUUGUUUUCUUUCUUUCUUUCUUUCUUUCUUUCUUUCUUUCUUUCUUUUCCAGUUGAUAUGUCAUUAGUUAUUGUGUGGUUGCGAAAAGAUCACCGAGUAAUUAAUAUAUAAUAUAUUGCUGUGAAAUUGAUCUUUGUAUGUAAAUUCAUGUGCUGCUGUUCAUAUUCCGAAAAUCAAUUUGUAUAUUUACUAGUAUCUUAUUAAAUUAGAUAUUAUCUUUUG